AUGGCGCCGACGCCUUCAUCAAAAUCGAACCAUUCUACGCCGUCAACAAAGCCCAACACAGCCGCCCACCAAUCCAGGACUCCUCAGUCGAAGCACCGCCUGCAGUUCACCGGAUUCACCACUGCGGCCGCCGGCGCCGUUCCGUCUGAGCACCCAGUUGAAGUCGUCGGCAGAAUCCGAGAUCAUCCCGAGCAGAGGAACAAGCCCAACGCAAACCCUACCCCAGCCCUACAAAUCAACGGAGAUGGAAAAUCUCUGAGAGUCAAAACAGAGAUGGGAUACAGAGAUUUCAGUCUCGACGGGAUCUCGUAUUCUGAAGAGGAUGAUCUUGAGGUUUUUUAUCGUAAAUUUGUGGAGUCGAGGGUUAAUGGUGUCAAGUUGGGGCAGAAAUGUACGGUCAUGAUGUAUGGCCCAACGGGCUCGGGGAAGAGCCACACGAUGUUUGGGUGUUUGAAGCAGCCCGGGAUAGUUUACAACUCCUUGAAGGGCAUUCUGGGUGAAGGGACUGAAGAGGAAGAUGGAGAGAAAUUGGCUCUGGGGACAUUUGUUCAGGUUACUGUUUUGGAAAUUUACAAUGAAGAAAUUUAUGAUCUGCUGUCGACGGGCACUGGGUUUGGUCUGGGGUGGCCGUCGAAGAACAGUUCUGCUUCUAAGGUGAAAUUGGAAGUGAUGGGAAAGAAGGCAAAAAAUGCAACAUUCAUUUCAGGAAAUGAGGCAGGAAAAAUACUGAAAGAAAUUCAAAAGGUCGAGAAGAGAAGGAUCGUCAAAAGUACACUGUGCAACGAGAGGAGCUCUCGAAGCCACUGUCUGAUAAUUGUCGAUGUCCCUACGGUUGGGGGACGUCUACUGCUUGUGGACAUGGCAGGUUCGGAAAAUAUAGAACAAGCAGGGCAAAGUGGACUGGAAGCAAAAAUGCAGACUGCUAAGAUCAACCAGGGCAAUAUAGCACUUAAGAGAGUUGUCGAGUCGAUCGCAAAUGGUGACUCACAUGUCCCCUUUAGAGAUAGCAAGUUGACUAUGCUUCUUCAGGAUUCCUUUGAGGAUGACAAAUCCAAAAUCUUGAUGAUACUAUGUGCGAGUCCAGACCCAAAGGAACUACACAAAACCAUUGCAACCUUAGAGUACGGUGCAAAGGCCAAAUGCAUAGUCCGAGGCCCUCACACUCCUGUUAAGGACAAAGGGGCCGAAGAUUCUUCAUCUGCCGUGAUUUUAGGGUCGAGAAUAGCAGCCCUUGAUCAGUUCAUCUGCAAACUACAAGUGGAGAACAAAAUCAAGGAAAAAGAGAAGAAUGAGGCACAGAAAGAGCUAAAAUGUAAGGAGGAGGAAGUUUCUCAACUGAGAGCAAAGCUCGCAUUGGUCGAGGGACGAGCGAGCGAGGAGGAGAUCAACUUGAAAGUCAAUGAACGGACGCGGCUGCUGAAAAAUGAGCUUGAAAGGAAAGUACUCGAGUGCCAGAAAAUGGCUGCUGAGGUUCUAGAGAUGGAAAGGAGAAAGAUGGAGGAGAAAAUGUCCCAGCAGCAGAGAGAGGUCGAGUUUCUAAGGCAGCGUUUGGAAGAUAUCGAGAAAGAGCUCCUUCGUAAAUCAAGGGCAGGGGGCGAGACAGUAGAAAUCGAUGGGGGGAAUUUCAUGAAAAGGCUGCUAGAGGUCUGUAAUGAGGACUCGGAUAUGGUGAAGUCGAUGGACCUGUCCAAAUCCAUCGACAUGGAGACUACUACUAACACUGCUGUUUCAGGUUGCAUUAACAGCUUUAAUGAAGGAAUGCAUGGUUUCUUGCCCAACAAGGCAUGCCUGACGACUUUGUAUGAGGAGGAUGAGUAUGAAAACGAGGAUGAUGAUGAUGAGGUGCAGAAAGAGGUUAUCGAGGAGAAAAAGAUGGUAGUCACACCAGAGGCAUCUUUUCCUAAUAGUGAGCUUGAAAAUCAUGAAGAUGCAACCAGUUCUCGUCAACUAAGGAUCCAGAAUAUUUUCACCCUCUGUGGGAACUAUAGAGAGCUCUCUCAGAAGGAUAAUAGCACCAGCAAUGUCGACGAUUGUGGUUCAGGAGUAAUGGCUGACAAGGUCUCUCGACUUCAGGCGGAUGUCUUGAAAGAUGUUUUCGUGUCCGAUAAACUUGCGAUGAUGGAUCAGAAUGUAGGACUGGAGGAUGAUCUUGUGAAGGAUCUUAAGGAAGAAGAUAGAAAUCCUUUGGAUGAUGAGAGUUUUAGUGGUGAUGAUGAUGGUGUUGACGUGCAUGUGAAAUGGGAGGCGUCUAAAGAGAAUACGGGGAAGUUUAUCACGACUAUGAAGGUUUCCAAGGAUUCGAGUCUUGAUGAUUUGAGGAAGCUGAUUGAGAUUCAUCUCACUGGGGAAGCCUUCACUUUUCUUGUUCUUGGGGACCCGUCCGGGGCACCAGUGCCCAAGGAAAAAGAAGGCACUAUAAAGACGAGCAAGCUCCCGGUUUGCAACAACCAACUACGUGGCAGUUAUCUGGCUUGUUUACGUCCUACUAAGACGACGAGCCAGUGGCCUCGCCAGCCAUUUAGUCCUCUUGAGAACAAGUUGGUGCCUACGACUCCAAAUUCACAGAUGACAAAGAAAAUUGACGAUAGCUUUUCACCUGAAAUAGCUCCACAUUUGAUCUCUACGCCUUUUAUCACCGUCAGAAGAUAUUAG